CCUACGAGGAGGAGCAGAAAAAAGUGUACUAACACUCACUCACGCCGCUGCCCACUGUACAUUGUAGUGAGUGUACUUUACUCACAAUCUAUACGAAAACACGUUGAAGAAAAAAGAAGAGACGGUAUUGGAGGACAACUUGACUGCAGUACGAAAUACGGAACCAAACUCCACCUCUUUUGUAUGAGUUAUUGCCCAGUUCUUUUCUAUGGGAUUCCGCUAGCAUAAAAGUGCAGAGAAGAACAGCUAUUUUUUAUGCAUCCAAGAACACUUUAAACUUUCAGACACAUACCAGAACUUUCAAAAUUUGUAUUGGAAUCAGCAGUUACCAGACCACAUUGCAGCUGUGGUGUUAUGACGAUGGAGUUUGGUGCUAAGUUUUUCUAAUAUCUUCUUGAGUUUCUUAUCAGAGCUUUAGUGAGAUGUCGCAUGUUCAGCAGAUUCGCAUCCCAUCGGCUCGAAACACACAGGCCCGAUUGUUGCCGACCGAUCAGCAUCACUUCCACAUUCCUGAUCACAUUCUAGCUGUCCUGUGCAGUGCCCACUGUCUGGACAAUGUCCAGGAAGCUUUCCCUGUUCUCAGUGCGCCGCUGCGAUCCGACAACUAUCUGGCCGUGAUGCAUCUGCUUCUGUACUGUGAGGAAUUCUAUGGUAUCGCGCAGCCGGAGAAUUUGCGCAUUCCCAGAGCUAAAAUUGUUCAGUUCACUGAUAAUUUGCACUGCGCGACAAUAACUGUGCAGGCUCGCAACGGGAGAGCGGCUGGAUUACGGGAAAUGGAUCGUGUUUUGUUGGUCCGAAGCGGAACGUAUCUCGGGAGUGAUUUCCAAGCGCACAGUGGACGAAUUGAAGAGAUCCAGACCGCGUCGCGACCACCGACCAUCCACAUCCGCUUGGACCACGCCUUCACCGACCCUCCGCCCAGCAAUUCCACGAUGGACAUCUGCCGCGCUGGUUCCCGUGUGGCCUUUCGUCAGCUGCACAAUGCCGUGGAAUCGGUGUUCCGUGCCAUGGGACCGCGAUUUUUAUUUCCGGUGGCUAUAGAAAACAAUGAUGCGCUGGAUGAGACGUUCGCCGAAAACGGCGCUUGGACGUACUGCAGCACGAUUCUGGAUGCCGUGCAGCGGAAGGCGGUUGACUGGGUGUGCAGCGGGGAUUCCAGCUCGGCUUUGCACGAACCGGUGGAUUUUGCGCCGUACAUCAUCACCGGUGCAGCAGGCACGGGGAAGACGAGUGUGGUUUUGGAAAUCCUGCACCAGCUGACGGUCAACUCCACUGCCUUCCGCGUCCUCGUCUGUGGACACAGCGACGCCUCGGUUGUUCGCUUAAUCGAGUCUUUCCUGUGCACCGCGAACAGUCCGUCGUAUGUUUUCGUGACGAACGAUGCCGGCACCGAUCGUCUUCCUCCGGCUAUCCGUUCCCACGCUUACACCGCCGACACCGUUGAUCAUGCCAUUCGCAGCCGACUGAUCUUCGCCGCGGUGGGCGCCGUGAUGCGUCUGACGGAUCAGUUCAAGCCGCAGCACGAUCUGUUCACGCACAUCAUCGUGGACGACGCCGGGAUGCUGACGGAGCCGGAAACACUGGCCAGUGUGGCCCUGUUGGGCGGGGCCAAGAGCGGGAAAGUGGUAUUAGUCGGAGAUGUACAUCAGCUGCUGCCGGAAGUGGGCGCGGACGUGGCGCGCGCAUGUGGAUUGCAGAAUUCUCUGUUGUUUCGUUUACUGGAUCACUACUGUAAAACCGGCUUAACGCAGAAAUUUGUCACCACGCUACCCAAGAAUUACCGCAUCCAAUCACCCCCUUUAUUGCUACCCUCGUCGCUGUUUUGGGAGGAUGUUGGUUAUGAUCCGGAAAUUACUGACAGGAAUCCAAACAGCCGACAACCGGCGAUCUACUUCUGUGAAUGUGAUGGUCUGCAGUACACCGAUGCCGCACUUUUAUCGCCAUAUAAUCGACAGGAAGCGGAGAAACUUGUUGAUUACUGGAUGGAAAUUAACGCGGACGGCACUAAAACUGAAGAAGUGGGAAUUAUUACGCCUUUUGUGGGACAGAUGCGACGCAUUGAAAAUCUUUUGAAAGCGAAAAUGCCCGGCGUUCCGCUGCCGAAGGUCGGCUUACCAUCCGCUUUCGUCAACGAUGAGAAGGAUGUGAUUCUGAUUAGUUGUGUCCAGUCGUAUCCGUAUCUGUCCGUCGCUGGUCAGGGAUUCCUUAACGCACCGGAAAUGAGCUACAUGGCAUUGUCGCGAGCCAGGAAACAUGUAUGCAUCGUCGGGAAUUCGGAAUAUCUGAUGUGCAGGGAGGAUAUAUUUUGGAAACAAUUCAUUGAUAUACUCAAGAAUUCCCGGCUCAUGGAUUGAAGUGUCUGUUCAUGUGUGCAUCUUUAUUUAACGGAAUAGUGUUUCCGGUGAUUUUCAUUCCCGAUGCUGUUUGUUUACUUUAUUGUAGGCGCAUAGUUUUUAUUUGACUCUGCGGAAAAUUUCUUCAUUAUUAUUGAACAAACGUGUUUAAACUGUGACUGCAAGACUUUUUUUGUGUUACCUUGACCGUGUGAUAUUUUUAAAAUUUAGUAAUGUUCUGUUGGAUUAUAUCGUACGAUUCGUGUUUAAUCAAAAUGUUUACAAUUUUGACUGAUUAUACAUAAGAUUAUGGAGCGUUAAACAUUUGUCGCACACUGCCGUUCAUAUGACCGCGUCGCCAUCCGGCCAAAAGACGCGGCAAUAGCCGAGUCGGUCGCGCGGAUUCGGGCAUACUUCGGAAGCGAUACACUGCGGCUCUUCGACGUUGAGCAUCUCCGAUGCCAACCGGUGUCCGGCAUAGGACAGCUGGUCGGCCGCCAGCCGGAUGGGUCUCUCGCAGUCUAGCACGUUGUUGCAGCCCUGAGGAAAAUUAACAAGCUUACCCAAAACUGGACAGCUUCCGGACCUUUAUCGAAGAUGCACACACAGCGGCCAUCAUGGCAGGUCAAGCCCGGAUCGCCACAUGACAAUGUGCUCGUGCAUGGGUCAUACAGACCGUUUCCUGAAACAUAUU